GUACAGGAGAUUUAUUUUGUGUAAAGUUGGAAAAGACCAAAGCAUUUCUAUUGGUGUCUAUCUUAAACAAUUUGAAUGAAGAGAAAGCAAUUUGUGAAUAAGUCUGCCGUGCUUUCAAAAGGUCGAACAACGGAGCAACUUGUAAUUUGUGUUUCUUCGAAAAAAAGUCAAAGAAUACGAAUGUUACAACAACAAUAAGUAAAUAAACAUCAUACUUAUUAAACAACAACACUGAAAACAAGGGAACAGCUGGUAGGCACUUCGAACUGAAUAACAUAGUACAAAGCGUCGCAAAACAAGUGAGAUUUUCAAAUAAUGUUUGGUUCGCGCUGGUCACGUUACCAGUACGAUGUGGACGAUUUACGACGCAGUAAUGCCACAGCAUUAAUUCUGGAACGUCAAUACGGAGAUAUGGAUAGAUAUGUGCAGCGACGUUUGCAAGUAUCAUCCGCUUACAUUGAUCGACUCGAACAGGAGACUAUCUUACGUGGUCAUCAAGGUUGUGUAAAUUGUCUUGAAUGGAGCAGUAAUGGGCGCAUAUUAGCGUCUGGUUCUGAUGAUUUUUGUGUGAUGCUUUGGGAUCCAUUUCGUAAGCGUUGCCUACGUAGUAUACCUACCAAACAUUCCGGCAACAUAUUCUCUGUAAAGUUUUUACCACGACAUAAUGAUGCACUCAUUGCCACGGCAGCGGCAGAUAGAUCCAUUUACGUGUUCGAUGUGAAUCGUCCAAAUGAUGCUAUACUUAGUUGUACUUGUCAUGUGGGGCGUGUUAAGCGGUUAGCCACAGCACCAGAUUCGCCUUUUGUAUUCUGGUCAGCUGGUGAAGAGGGUUCAGUUUUGCAGCUCGACACACGGGAACAACAUCGUUGCAACACUGAAGGAAAUCGUGUGCGUUUAGUAAAUCUUGAUACACAUGUCAACACGCAUGCUGAGGCCAAAUGUCUGGCAAUUAAUCCGCGACGUACAGAACUUUUAGCAGUUGGUACGAAUGAUCCAUAUGCACGCUUAUAUGAUAGACGCAUGUUGCAACUAGUUUCAUCGCUGGUUGGUGGAGGCAGUAAUCUACUUGUAAACGGUGCCGAUAACGGCAAUGGCGUAAUACCUAAAGAUUGUGUCACAUAUUAUUGUCCCGGACAUAUAAGUAAAGAUAAUUCUAAACUUAUCGAGCACGACUCUCGUGCUAUAACGUACCUUACUUUCAAUGCGACCGGCACAGAGUUGCUGGUGAAUAUGGGUGGUGAGCAUAUAUAUCUCUACGACUUGAUGAAUGCCGAACAACCAGUGUUUUUGAACUUACCGGAGUACAAACCGCCACCAAGAACUUCAGAAUCCGACAUAGAAAUGGCAGUUAUGCAAGCAAGUUAUAAUUCCUCUUCUCCUAAUGAAAGUGCUGCCGGAAAUCAAGCUAUUGAUGAAAAUAACCUCUUAACACAAAGUGCAAUUAGUACCGUUGAUGCUCCACAAACGACUAAUCGACGAAAAUUGCCCGAAUACAUUGAACGCUAUAAGAAAAUGGGAAACGAUUUUCUUGAAAACGAAAAAUACUUACGAGCAGUUGAAAAAUAUUCGGAAGCCAUUGAAAUGGCGCCCAACUGCCCUGUAUUAUAUCUGAAUCGAGCCACUGCUUAUAUGCGACGACUUUGGUUCGGUGAUGUGUAUGCAGCAUUGCGGGAUUGCCAUCAGGCCCUGCGACUUGAUCCUGCCUACAUUAAGGCACACUUUCGUUUAGCACGCGCGCUGCUCGUGCUGGGCAGACCGCAGGAGGCAGACGAGUGCCUUAAAGAGCUAAUCGCUCGCUUUCCCAGCUAUGCGAAUAAUCAUGGUAUCAUGAUGCUACGUAAGGACAUCAAAGAGAAUCGCCAAAUGUCACAAUCACAACAGCAGCAACAACAACAACACCAGCUGCAUGGCAGCGAACAACAACCCUAUAACUGUUUAGAACUGUCCGAUGCUGAAUAUCAAUGGCGCAGCAAAGCAAAAGACUACAGCAAACGUUAUGUGGGUCAUUGCAAUACAACAACUGACAUCAAAGAAGCGAAUUAUUUCGGCCGCGAUGGUGAUUUUAUUGUUGCUGGUUCGGAUAACGAGAGUUUCUUCAUUUGGGAGCGCAACACAAGCAAAAUACGAGCAAUCUACAAGGCUGACGUUUCGAUUGUCAAUUGUGUGCAACCGCAUCCGGAUAUUUGUUUGCUAGCAACCAGCGGCAUUGAUCACGACAUAAAAAUAUGGUCACCAAUUGCACCGUCUCCUGAUGAAAGACCGAAUUUGGUUGAAUAUGUCGACAAGACGGUGGAGGAUAACCAGCAAAAAAUGAAAAUGGACCCGUUUAAUAUGAACUCAGGCAUGAAUGCUUUCUGCCUUAAUGGAUAAUGCGUGAUAGUUAUGAUAAACCUAUAGUGCUUGCAAAUUUUAAUGGGACAGCUCAACUAAAUUGUCUAUCUAACAGCUAAAACAAAAUAAAAUUUGGAAAUAAUCUAAAAAAAAAAAAAGGAAUGAAUAAAACUGUUAGCGGUAAAUGUGGACUAGAUUUUGUUUUGUGGACGACAAUUUAGAAGUGUAUGCAUUAAAGAAUAAUUUUCGAAAAAA